GCCAUGAACUUUUGAAAUUGUUUUUAAAAUAUUCAACUGGUGCAAAUAUUUAGUGUACUGGCUGCAGCCGGAUUGGGGAUGUGAUAUCUCAGAAAGAUGCAGACGCAGAUAUUGCUUGCAAAGGGACAUGGCGGGAAGAAGAAAACCGAAUCAAAGUGGGAGAUACCCGAAAAAGAUCACGAAAUAUCUAGGUAUGGAUGCUACUUCUUCAGCAAAGGGAGUGAUGGAAAAUGGGGAGCAACCCCAUGUCUUGGCCGUGGAUGACAGCCUCACUGAUCGCAAACUUAUUGAAAAACUCCUCAAAAACUCUUCCUGCAAAGUGACUACUGCAGAAAAUGGGCCGCGGGCGCUGGAAUUUUUAGGCUUGGGAGAUGAUCAACAUACCAACUUGGAAGGCAGAAUCUCAAAGGUCAAUUUGAUAAUUACGGAUUAUUGUAUGCCAGGAAUGACCGGUUAUGAGCUAUUAAAAAAAGUCAAGGAAUCCUCAAUCAUGAAGGAGGUUCCAGUGGUUAUUAUGUCAUCUGAGAAUGUACCAACUCGUAUAAACAAGUGCUUGGAGGAAGGAGCUCAGAUGUUCAUGCUAAAGCCCCUAAAACAAUCGGACGUGAAGAAAUUAAGAUGUCAAAUGAUGAACUGCAGAAGCUAAACACCCAUUUUCCUGAGGAAAUUAGAGCGUGUAACGGAUAUUUCAAUCAUUAUUAGAUGACAAUUCGUACACAAUAUGACAGUGACUAAAUUAGUUUCAGUCGCUAAUCAGUUUUGUUUAGCUCGAAUCUCGCCCUCCCCCUCCACAUAACUGUUUGUGAUAAAUUAAGAGUUUCAAUGACAAUCCUUCUUUUCUUUUUC